AGUCCAUGUUACUCACUCGGACAUGACGAUACUUGAACAGGCCGAUUGUGAAAUGACAUAUGUUCAUCAACCUUCCCAUCUGAUUUCGGGUACGUAUUAUGUUGUAUAAAGGUUAAGACCAAGUGCCUACAACUUUGCCUUGUUUCUGCGAUGAUAUUAUAUAUACUGAGAUUGCUUUUAUGCUUUUUAUGUGAUAAAUCAAACCUAACAGACUUGGGCAGAACCGAUUCUAAUAGAUCAAGCGUGUGACUUGUAGGAGUCCAUAUUACUCACUCGGACAGGACGGUACUUGAACAGGGCGAUUGUGAAAGGACAUAUGUUCAUCAACCUUCCCAUCUGAUUUCGGGUAAGUAUUAUGUUGUAUAAAGGUUAAGACCAAGUGCCUACAACUUUGCCUUGUUUUCGGUUCAAUAUAUUGUUAUGUUAACAUGAUGCAGACAACCCUCCAAUCUCAUUACUAUAUAAUGUAGAUUCGUUGCCAGCUCUCAGUUAUCUGACAAAAUAACUAGCUAGCAUGCAACGUGUCAGUUGGCAAGAGAGGCAGCAUAAUGUUCCACGCCAUCCUCACAGUGAUAUCACUAAUGCAGAUCAACCAUCCUCUAUGGACCUUGACGAAAAAAGAGAGUUGAUAAAAGCUCGGAGGCGAGCUGCUUAUAGAAAGAAAAAAGAGGAGGCUACCGUCAAGCAACAAGAGGAAAAUCUGUCUGCCCUUACGAUAUCAGAUAUGCUGAAUGUGGGUGGGUUACCUCUCGGUGAUAUCACUAAUGUGUGUCAACCAACCACGGUGGACCUUGACGAUAAAAAAGAGCAACUAAAGUCUCGGAGAAGAGCUGCUUAUCGAAAGAAAAAAGAGGAGGCAGCCAGCAAGCAAAAAGUUGAAAAACAGCUUGAGGAAGAACACAAGGGUGACUUAACAGACGAGCAAACUGAGCAGAGAAACGCGUGGAGGAUGUUACAUGCUGAUAUGCUGAAUGUGGGUGGGUUACCUCUCGGUGAUAUCACUAAUGUGUGUCAACCAACCACGGUGGACCUUGACGAUAAAAAAGAGCAACUAAAGUCUCGGAGAAGAGCUGCUUAUCGAAAGAAAAAAGAGGAGGCAGCCAGCAAGCAAAAAGUUGAAAAACAGCUUGAGGAAGAACACAAGGGUGACUUAACAGACGAGCAAACUGAGCAGAGAAACGCGCGGAGGAUGUUACAUGGUGAUAUGCUAAAUGUGGGUGGGUUACCUCUCGGUGAUAUCACUAAUGUGUGUCAACCAACCACGGUGGACCUUGACGAUAAAAAAGAGCAACUAAAGUCUCGGAGAAGAGCUGCUUAUCGAAAGAAAAAAGAGGAGGCAGCCAGCAAGCAAAAAGAUGAAAAUCUUUCUGCCCUUUCGAUAUCAGAUAUGCAAAAUAUUCCCCUGCUACCUCUCGGUGAUACCACUAAUGGGUGUGAACCAUUCUCGGUGGACCUUGACGAGAAAAAAGAGCAAAUGAAGGCUCGGAGGAGAGCUGCUUAUCGAAAGAAAAAAGAGGAGGCAGCCAGCAAGCAACUAGAUGAAAAACAGCUUGAGGAAGAACACAAGGGUGACUUAACAGACGAGCAAACCGAGCAGAGAAACGCGCGGAGGCGAGCAAGUUAUCGGAGAAAAGUGGGGGACGGAACGAUCGAUCUUGAAGAAAAAAAUCAGAUGUUGCAAGAAUGGCGCGCGUGCAACACCCUAAAACCAUGA